UUGAAAUUAAACCAAACAAAAAGUUUACAAAGUUGGCAGCCAUCUCGUUGAUUUAAUUUACACUAUGCUUUAUAUAUUUCUCUUGUUGGGUCUUGUCAUCACCUAUGUCAUUGUUGAUCACCUACUCAGGCGACUUCUGGUUGGUGGCUACCGAGAUAAAUAUGUUUUAGUCACUGGUUGUGAUUCUGGUUUUGGUCAAAGGCUGGUCAUACGACUUGACAAGUUAGGCUUUAAAGUAUUUGCUGGAUGUCUAGCAGACGAUGGAAAACACAUCUUAUCACAGAACUGUUCUGAAAAUGUGGUGUCGUUUCUUUUGGACGUUCGGAACAAUGCAAGUAUCCAGUCAGCCCUGAAUCUGGUCAGACAAUAUUUACCUCCAAAUACAGGGCUUUGGGGAUUGGUCAAUAAUGCCGGCAUCCUCGGAAACAUUGCGUUUUCAGAAUUUUGCACCAAGAACGAUUACCUGGCGUGUAUGGAGGUCAACCUGUUUGGACUUAUUGAAAUGACCAAAACGUUUCUUCCACUGGUGCGAAACUCCAAAGGCCGUGUUAUCAACACGUCAAGUUGUUUUGGUCGUUUUGCUGUGAUGGCCCCAGUGUAUACAAUCACAAAGUUCGGUGUUGAGGCUUACUCAGACAUAGUGAGAAAAGAAAUGUAUUCACGAGGAGUUAAAGUAAUCCUAUUAGAACCUGGUGGAUUCAAAACUCAGAUGAUAAACGUGGACAAAAUCAUUGAUGGAAUACAAACAACACUGGACAAUGCACCAGAAGAGUUGAGCUCUCAGUUUAAAGGCUUUCUCAAAAAGUUCCCAACAGUCAUUCACCGAAUUCGGCUAUCAGACAACCUUGACCUUGUAGUAGACGCUUACAUCCAUGGGCUGACUUCCUUGUUUCCAAGAACAAGAUAUGCCGUUGGAUGGGACAGCAAAUACCUCUUCAUACCUUUGUCGUAUCUACCAACUUGGCUUGUAGACUGGUUGUUACACUACAGGAUCGAUUCACAAUAACUUAUUUUUUCUUAGUUGAUUCAAUGAAAAGUUUAACCUAUUUGUGCAUUAUUUGCGUUGAACAAAAUAAAUCAUGAU